CUGAAAUCCUCCAUCUUACAAUCACCAUGUCUCAACCCGAAAAAGCCCCCGACAUCGACGACAUCAGCUCCAGCAACACCUCCUCCCCACCCGAACUCGAACACCAACGCACCACCCAAUCCUCCCACAUCGACUAUGGCCACUACGGUCCCCUCGCACACGUCAACACGGCCGAAAGCCGUCUCCCUGCCUUUGGGGGUGAGUUCCAACCGGGUCUCUACCGCCCCGUCAAGGGGCGCACAAUCGGCAACCCAGCGCCCCUAGGCUUGUGUGCGUUCGCAUUGACGACGUUCGUCCUGGGGUGCAUUGAGAUGAACGUGAAGGGCGUCAAGGAGCCGAAUAUGUUGGUUGGGGUGGCGCUUGCGUAUGGUGGGCUGGUGCAGCUGUUGGCUGGGAUGUGGGAAAUGGCCAUUGGGAAUACCUUUGGUGCGACUGUUUUGUCUUCUUAUGGCGGUUUCUGGAUUGGGACUUCCAUUAUCUACAUACCGGGUGGAUUCAACAUUAUGGCUGGGCUUGAGAAAGCGGAUAAUGGCUCGCCUGCGAUGUUUUAUGAUUCUUUUGCUUUAUAUCUCAUGGGCUGGUUCAUCUUCACCACGCUGAUGCUGAUGUGCACCAUGAAAUCUACGCUUGCCUUCUUUUCGCUCUUUUUCUUUGUCGAUUUGGCAAUUCUCCUUCUCGCUCUCGGGUACUUCCUCCGUGACGAGCAGGAAACUCCCAACGCGAAAUUGACAAAAUCCGGUGGUUUCUUUGCUCUUCUGGGUGCGUUCCUGGCGUGGUAUAAUGCAUUCAGCGGUAUCGCAGAUAGCAGCAACAGUUUCGUUGUUGUCCCUGUGUUGCAUUUCCCUUGGUCUGAGAAGGGGCGCAAGUCGAGAAAGGGACAGAGUGCUGUUUAAGAUGUG